GCUGGGUGGUCCCCCACGGGCUGCGUGGCGGGGCCACCCGCUCCAGCCCCCUCCCGCCAGCACAUUCCUGGCUCCGCGGCCCCUCCCCCGGCUCCAGGGCCUCCCAGCCCCCUCCCCCGCUGGCCCGGCCGGCGUCUGAAUCUGCUUCUGAUUCCGGCUCUGCCGACGCGGCCCCCUCCUCUCCCCUCCCUCCUUCCCGGCCGAGCAGCCCCGCCCCCGGCUGGGCCCAGGCUGGAGCCCGCUGCGCCCCCCACCCCCUCCUGGCACAGCUCGCCCGCCCUCGCUGAAGCCGGGAGGAGGCGGCGGCCGGGGCGCCCCAGGCCCCGCCCGCCCUCGGCCCGUCCCGGGAGGCCGGGAGACCUGCUCGUCCCGGCCCUCGGUGGGUGAGUGCGAGCGGCGGGCGGCGGGUGGGGCCUCUGCGGGCGGAGGCGCCGAGGGCGGGGGCGACGCCUGUCAACGCUCCAGGCCCCGCGGGAGGACGCCCGGGCGUCCCCGCUGCUCCGCUCUGCCCGGAGCGUGCCCGCGGCGGCACCAACCUCUGGGCCCCGGUUGGGGCCGCCCGGGGGCUCUGGUGGCCCGGCACCCCGGGCCAGCGGGCAGAGCCUCGGACCGGGCUCUCUUUCUCCCGAGGGCAGCGGCGUGGGGCCCCGGCCGGCCGGCUGACCCCCGGCGGCUCCGGCCAUGCCCGGCUGGCCCUGGGGGCUGCUGCUGACCGCGGGCACGCUCUCGGCCGCGCUGAGCCCGGGGCCGCCGGCCCCCGCCGACCCCUGCCAUGACGAAGGGGGCGCGCCCCGCGGCUGCGUGCCGGGCCUGGUGAACGCAGCCUUGGGCCGCGAGGUGCUGGCCUCCAGCACGUGCGGGCGGCCGGCCACGCGGGCCUGCGACGCUUCGGACCCGCGGCGGGCACACCCCGCCGCCCUCCUGACCUCCGCAGGCGGCACCGCCAGCCCGGUGUGCUGGCGCUCGGACUCGCUCACGCAGGUGCCCCACAACGUGACCCUCACAGUGCCCCUGGGCAAAGCUUUUGAGCUGGUGUUCGUGAGCCUGCGCUUCUGCUCGGCGCCCCCCACCUCCCUGGCCCUGCUCAAGUCGCAGGACCACGGCCGCAGCUGGACCCCACUCGGCUUCUUCUCCUCCUACUGUGGCCUGGACUACGGCCGCCUGCCUGCGCCUGCCGAUGGCCCAGCUGGCCCGGGGCCCGAAGCCCUAUGCUUCCCCGCGCCCCAGGCCCAGCCUGACGGUGGUGGCCUGCUGGCCUUCAGCGUGCAGGACGGCAGCCCGCCAGGCCUGGAUCUGGACAGCAGCCCGGUGCUCCAAGACUGGGUGACCGCCACGGACAUUCAAGUAGUGCUCACAAGGCCUGCCGUGCUGGGAGACACCAGGGGCGCCACGGCCACGGCCCCUUACUGUUACUCAGCCACUGAGCUCCAGGUGGGCGGGCGCUGCAAGUGCAAUGGGCACGCGUCCAGGUGCCUGCUGGACCCCCAGGGCCACCUGACCUGCGACUGCCAGCACGGCACCGAGGGUCCGGACUGCAGCCGAUGCAAGCCCUUCUACUGCGACAGGCCGUGGCAGCGGGCCACCGCCCGGGAAGCCCACGCCUGCCUUGCUUGCUCCUGCAAUGGCCAUGCCCGCCGCUGCCGCUUCAACAUGGAGCUAUACCGACUGUCUGGCCGCCGCAGCGGCGGUGUCUGCCUCAACUGCCGGCACAAUACCGCUGGCCGGCAUUGCCACUACUGCCGGGAGGGCUUCUACCGAGACCCCGGCCGUGCCCUGAGUGACCGCCGCGCCUGCAGGGCCUGUGACUGUCACCCUGUUGGUGCUGCUGGCAAAACCUGCAACCAGACCACCGGCCAGUGUCCCUGCAAGGAUGGCGUCACCGGCCUCACCUGCAACCGCUGUGCUCCUGGCUUCCAGCAGAGCCGCUCUCCGGUGGCACCUUGCGUUAAGACCCCUGUCCCUGGACCCACUGAGGAGAGCAGUCCUGUGGAGCCCCAGGACUGCGACUUGCACUGCAAACCCGCUCGUGGCAGCUACCGCAUCAGCCUGAAGAAGUUCUGCAGGAAGGACUACGCGGUGCAGGUGGCGGUGGGCGCGCGCGGCGAGGCGCGUGGCUCCUGGACGCGCUUCCCGGUGGCCGUGCUUGCCGUGUUCCGGAGCGGCGAGGAGCGCGCCCGGCGCGGGAGCAGCGCGCUGUGGGUGCCAGCGCGGGACGCCGCCUGCGGGUGCCCCCGCCUACUGCCGGGCCGCCGCUACCUGCUGCUGGGGAGCUGGCCGGGGGCCGCGGUCGGGGGUCCCGGGGGCCGGGGGCCGGGGCUCAGCGCCGCCCGCGGGAGCCUCGUGUUGCCCUGGCGGGAUGCGUGGACGAGACGCCUUCGGAGGCUGCAGCGGCGCGAGCGGCGGGGGCGCUGUGGGGCUGCCUGAGCCUGCGGGCCGGGCGGGGGCCGGGCGGGGCGCUCCCCACUCAUCAAGGCUCACCUUCGUCUAGUG